CAGCUUCGCCAUGUUAUCGAGGAAACACUUCAAAUCACUGCCGCUUGAGGACAAAGGCCGGGCUAACAGUAAGGUGUUUGAAACGCUAAAAUUAUCUGAUCAGGCCUCGAUCGUUUCAUUCGUUAGUCUUAAAGUCGAGUUUUCACUGGCUGGCGGAGCAGCUGGCCAAAGCGGUUUUUGACAUUUUUAAUUGAUCUGAAAGCCAAGGCGGCUGCCAUGGAUUUUUAAGGCAUAAUGCGGCACCACUAAUGCAAUGGCAAUGCAUCGUGCACAGAAAAAUCAACCGCGAAACUCCAUCUUCGCAACUGCCAAGCAGUUGGGCUCCAAUACCGUCCGCGGUAUACCGGCGAGCCAACCGGUGCCUCUACUACUGGACCGGAGGAAGCUGACGCUAGCUAGCUAGUCGCCUUAGCUCAACAGUGGUUGAAAGAGAGAGAGAGGGAAAAAAGUGAUCCAUAAAUUCAUCUCAACGUCGUCAAACACUACCGAACAAAAUGAAGUCUGACAUAAUCCCCGAGAAGAGAAGCCUGUGGAUCUUCGGGUACGGGUCACUGGUGUGGAAACCUGACUUCGAGUACAAGAGGAGCAAAGUCGGUUACAUUCAAGGCUACAAGAGACGCUUCUGGCACGGAGAUAACUUCCACCGCGGAAACGACGAGACGCCCGGAAGAGUGGUGACUCUAAUCAAGGAUGAUGACGCCAGCACUUGGGGUGUGGCGUUCGAGGUGACGGGCGCUCAAGUGGAGAAGUCCCUGCAGUACCUGAAUGUGCGUGAGACGGUCUGCGGUGGCUACAUCACCGAGAUGGUUGAUUUCUUCCCCGAGGGGGAGGAUCAGUCUCCAGUUCAGGCGCUGGUGUACAUCGCCACCGCUGACAACGCUCUCUACCUGGGGAAGGCCAGCCCAGCGGAGAUUGCUGCCCAGAUCGUUAUGUGCAGAGGGAAGACGGGCCACAACCUGGAGUACCUGCUCCGGCUGGCAGAGUUCAUGAGGAGCAGCUGCCCACAGGUGGAGGACCAUCACCUGUUCUCCAUCGAGGCAGCAGCCAUGACCAUGGUGGUCUAUCUGUUUCUGUUGGUAGCCCAGUGGCUUGUACCCUUUGUCUCACUAGCUAAUAGUGGAUACAUGCGCAAAACACACAAACACACACCCACAACACUGAAGCUUUUCAUCAGUCAUGCGGUCCAACUCUACAUUAUGAUGUUAAAAAUAUAUUCAUAACUACCAUGCAGUGUUAUAAUGCUACUGAAGUAGGGGUGUAACGGUACGUGAAUUCGUCCCAAAUGAUCACGGUUCGGUAAGCAGCAUGUUACUGUUGUAGCUGCUGGAGGUGGAGCUAGUUUCAACUACUUCAGAUACAAUUGGACCAUAAAUCGGCAUAUAGCAGGUUUCCUGACUCCUUGCAAGAAACAGGUCAUUUUCCUUUUUACACUGCAGCAAAACUAAACUGUCAGUAAAAGUUACAAUCAAUGAGUCAUUGUUGGAUCUUUACAUUUGUCAAAAUGUAAGACCAAAAUGUUACAUCCCCACCCCCCCGCUGUGCCGAACUGUGAACCCAGUGUACCGUUAUACCCCUAUACUGAAGUGAUAACAAAAGGGAAGUGUGACACUUAAGUGGAGUUAGUUUUGUUUUUUUUCCUGAAGCAUGACCUCAUGUUUACAUUGUAAUGUAAAGCCUGGUGCUUUUUUUUACAUGAGUUGCAAUAUCAAUGAAUUGUUGCCUGUAAACAUCUGUGCAGUUCUGUUUCAUAAAAUGCACAUUGACCUUUUUUUUUUUUUUUUUUUUAAUUUGCACAGUUCAAAUUCCGUCCAGUCCAUUCAGACGGUAUAGAAAUUAAUUGUAGCAGUUCAACCUAUUCGCAAUUCACCAAACGGCUGCUGUGAUGAUUUUUAUGGUGCAGACCUGUUCUUUUUAAAAAGUUGCUUGUAGUAACUUUUCCAUUCACUGUAAAGGCAAAUAAAAGAUAAAAAUCA